AAAACUAACUAAUACAUAGCAUAAUCUUCAUGUUCAUCUACAGAUCUUCCCAAUUAUUAUCAGAUUGCUCCUUCUCCAAAUGAAUCUUCAUGAUAGGUGUUUUAGUGAAUACCUCAGUCUGCUCCUCUCUAUAAAAUAUAGUAGCUUGUCAGUACUAGUAGCUAGUAAAUUGUCCCUUUUGUAACUCAUAGAUUUUGGCCCACUAAAUUGGUUCGGUUGUAUAACAUUAUUCAUUCUCUGCAAUCGGGAACAAAGCUUUGUGUUUGAAUACUUCAUAGUCGUUUGACUCAACACAAACACUCGUAUGAUUGAUUGUUCUUUCAGUUCUUGUUGAAGAUUUCUUUCGUUGGCGCAGUAGAGGAUUUUUCUAACCUUUUUUAAAGCUUGAAAUAUUCUUGUUUGGUUCAUCUUCUCCAAAAUUAAGUAACUAAAAGCUGUAUCUAUCUAAAGUGUGGCACCAAGAGGUCGUGCAGUUGCUUCCUCUGACCCUUCUGCUAUACCUAAUCUUCUUCAAAUUCUUCGAUUCACUCUUCAUCCAUGAACUUGAACUAUCUUUCGAAAUUAAACUAAAGAGUAGACUAACUUCUAGUUGUAUAUAUAACUAGUCUAACUAGUCAAAAUAGUAUAAUAACUAGUUUUUAAUAGUAAAAGAAGUCGUACAACGCAACGAACUCCUAUAUGUUUGUCCUCAAAGAAAUGAGUAACCCAGCAACCGGGGACGACUUCUCUGAGGAGAAGCGGGAACUUGUCAGGUUCCUAGUCAGGAACAAAAGGGAUGUGCUUGCUGGCAGUACCCAGUUGAAAUCCAAACUUGUACCCAGACCAGACUCGAUAAGGAGUAGCUCGAGUGGGAGUGGCAAUGCAUUUCUUGGGAGUAACAGAACAAGCAGCAAAAGUAAUGGCUCUCCUCCUGCGGCCUAUGCUGGACCUGGACCUACAAUUAAGGCUCAACAUAUUUGUAUUUCAUUUCUACCAGGAGUCAUUUCUCCCUAUCUCCUUCUUAGGAUUCUUGGGAGAAAUGUUUGUCGUAGGCAAGAAGUUGAAGUGAGUUGAUGUUUUCAGCUCUUCUAAUACAGCUCCCACUUCUAGUAGCGGUACAAUAAACGCUGGUGGUGCUCGAGAAACACUGAAGAGCGAGGCCUUGCUUCAUAUGCCAGCAGCUACGUUAGAGGCGAUGUUGGAGCGUUUGGUGCCCUUAGAAGACCUCAAAUCGAUGGCGACGAUGAGAGACGCCCAAGCUUGCAGGGACUGGGAAUACAGGAAGCUAGCUAGUGAAGCGCUUGAGAGGGAGAGGAAUAAACCACCGAGGACUUCUAGUAAUCCCAAAGAGGGUGCUCGAGUCGCACCUGCUUCCUAUCGACUUAGCGGCUCAGGGAACAAUUCUCGAGCCUCUUCUGCCUCUGCUUUCUUGAAUAGUAGUGCUUUAGGUCCGCAAAGAGUGUUAGUAGCACCGUCAUCUGGCCCGACAGCUCAUCUUCGUAGAAAUUCGUCUUCUUCGAGUUCGGGAACAGUUUCAUUAAAAACCGGAACAGGAGCAGUCGUCGCUCGGAUUCCGCAGUUGAAUCCGAUCAAUGCUCCACCGAGUCGAAGGAGUAAUUCCAACUCGAGCAGGAGUAGUGCUGGUGCCGCGGGUCAAGAACAUAACGGACAAGAAGAGGUAGAGAAUACACCCAGAGCCUCCACGAUUGAACCGGCAGAGGAUGCGCGAACCAUCAGCGACUACGACCAAGACCCUGACAACAGUGUGGAUCAACUUGAUAGAACUAGUGGGGGAACUACAUCCCUUGACGCAACGGUAAGACAGAGUUCUUUGACCUCCACAGGAGGAAGGCCUCCUUUUAAUAGAAGCAGUGCCACAAGUCCAGGCUCCUCUAGUAGUAGUAGGAAUAGUGUUAGUGGUCGCGUUAGAGGAGGAAAUGCCUCGCAACCUGCAGUAAUCAGUUACAAACAGGAUGGUAGUGGUACGUACAAUCUCGUUGGGAGGAGAGGACCAAGUCCUGGUGGAGUUGCUCCGUACGCUGUGUUGAGCAGAAAAAGUGCACUUUCUGCAUCCUCCGAUAGAAAUUCUACGACAACGACCACUUCUCAACAAAUGUCAUUGUCAGGAUCAACCACGACCUCUAGUGCAGGUGGAACACAGGGCGCAGCGACAAUCACCACUCCCGUUGUGACACCGGGGGCAAGAGGUGGAAUGGCACCCCUUGGCAGAGGGGGCCUUGGAGGGGGUCUUCAGCCUCCAAAUACAGCAGUGACUAAAGCCAAAAGUAUAGAUAAUUCUCCUGGAGGCGGAGCGACGCCGUCUCUAGACAUAUGGCUUGGAAAUAAUACGACUCAAGGGGCCUUCGGUAUGAAUUCGAACCAAGGAGUUUUCGGCAAUCUUUUUGGGGAAGGCGCGCCAAGGCCACAGGAUGUGGAAGAAUUGUCACCGGCGAUACACCAAAAUUCUGCAAAGCACCGACAAGAACAUCAACUACAACAACGUCCAGAGGGCGAAGUUUCUUCACGCGGGCCAUCAGUUGUAGAAGGAGACUCAGGCGCACCUACUUCUAGCGUAUCGAAAGGAUCCAGAAGUGGUCCACACGACCCAGCCCAACAACAAGCUCGGCUGCAAUUGACUUCUAUCAACUUGUCUGAAGUGAAUCUCGAUAGCGCAACCUCCUUAACAGUCGGCGCAGCAGCUGCGACACUGAGAUUUUCACGUAUGCAGCGGACCAGCGAUCCGGAACUGAUCAGAAGACGGAAAUCCUUGUCCAAAUCGUUGCCCUGGAACACUACGAUCGAAAUCCAGAGGUAUAGGGACGCGCAGUCAGAGGCAGAGAGGGAGGAAUUGAUGGAAACAUUGAAGAAAGACGUCAAUGUGAGGGAUAUCGGGAAUUAUGGGUAUCCGAGAAACGCACCGCAUAAGAUGAAUCCCGCAUAUUGGCUGCCUAUGCUGGCGAAAUUCGGGACCAAUGCCAUGGGAAUGGCGGGACUUACGCUAGGUUUUGGUGUGGCAUCGUUUGGCCGGGCCACGGUGGGAACCAAACUACACGAGUCACCAGUGCUGGAGUCAAGUUUGAUAGCGCUACUGCGGUUGAAUGGACUUACUUGCACAGUGACGGUAUAGAAGAUUAUUUUGUGUAGUUAUUUGUUUGACGUUAUUCUUGUUCCUUUUACUUUUUCCUCGUUGUACAAUGUCAUUCCUCUUUUUAUGUAGGAAAAAUGCUUGCCUUACGUGUUAGAAAUAGAAGACGACUUCGAUCUGAACAUACUCAUCGAAAUAUAAAUGCAGAAAUACAACCAUUCUGCUCACAUACAUUCUGCUCGUUUCACAACAAUAAUUACAACAUCAGUAUCCGAAAGGCGAAAGCGCCGCAAGCCUCAACGAGAGUCCGUUUAUGGUUGCCAACCACACAACCUAUUUGGAUGGCGUCAUCAUCGCUACGGAGUUGAAUUAUCCGCAGAUUAUCUCCAUGGAGGCCGCCAAACAAGUCCCUAUGGUAGGGGAAUUCAUGAAAGACAUGGACACUAUUUGGCUUGACCGCAAUAAUAAGGACUCCAGGAAGAGCGUCUUUGAGGCUAUCACCAAACAUGGGAGAAAGUGGAGACGGGGUGAUCGCCCGUUGUUUGUCUUUCCGGAGGGGCAAACGUCAGCAGGGAGAACGAUAUUGCCUUUCCGACAAGGCGUGUUUACAUCGGGGCUACCGGUUAGGCCGGUGAUUUUGCUGUACACAGGUGAGUUCGACCUAGCGAUGCCGCAUUUUAUCAGGACCAAAUCUUCGGACGGGAACAUUGUUUUGAGACCCUUUUUUGACAGUGACUGGUUCGACCAGCUUCUUCGGGGCAUGGUGCACUCAGUGAUUGUCAAGGUGUGUCGCGUCUACUAUCCCUCUGAGGAAGAACGAGCGAACCCAGACCUGUACGCGGCAAACGUGCAUCGAUUCAUGAAGUACGAGUACGACAAACUCAAACUCUUGCACGACCAGCGCACUCUAAGAGUCGACUUGAGACAGAAGGGAACGGGACCAGGGUAUAGCGAAGAUAACAGAAUACCAGCGACGAAUAUGGAGGCGUCCGAAGCGAUCCCACCAGCUGGAGAUGUGGACAGAUUUCCCGUAUUCAUCUGACUUGUUUUUAUUUGUUGAAUCUUAUGGUGUUGUAUUAAGUACGGUAUCGCACUUUUUACGAGAAAAUUGCAUACUAUUGACCUUUUAAAAACUAUUUUAAUAGGCGUUAGCGUUUAAAAAUCAGAUGCAAGGAAUAAAAAUGAAUCGGUACUUAUCUGUUUAUGGGCCUGGAUUGAAAUGACUCUAGUAUUAUAAAGAUCCACUUUUCUUCUUCUUUUCUCUUUCUUGUGCUCUUCGAGCAUCCCAUUGUGGGUUUUCCUUCUUUUUCUUUGUUUGAUUUGAAAGUAUGCACUUGAAAACUUUCUUUGGGAAAUUUUCAAGUGCAGACAUUCGAUUUCAUCUCGGGUCUUUGCGACCCUUUUUCCCCUUUGUGAGUGCUAGCUUUUCGUUCGUCGUUUUAUGCGACCUUCGUCCUCUCCUUCGUGACCUGUUCCUGUCGUACCUACACCUACACAUUCAUAAACGGAACUACAUCAUAAACCCUACUACUCUUCUUGAUAUUAAAUAGAUGUGGAUCAUAAAGAACACUUUAUUCUCAACCUGAAAACAGAUGCGAAUAUCUGAAGACACGGGCGCUCCUGAGAUCGUGGUGCCGAAAAGCUGGCGAGGCCACAUGCCCUACAAUGGCGAACAGUUGGAGAAGCUAAGGCCCUGGGUCCUAGCCAAAAGCAGAGAAAUGGUGCAACGUGGCGAGCUCUUCAAGCGCCAGCACCAUCAAAUGAGUCUGCAACAGCAACAGGUUCCUCCACCUGGGGGCGGUAGUGGACCGACUCUUGUUGGAAGCACACCAGGUAGUCCAGCAGGUAGUCCGAAGCACAGUAGUCCAGGCACAGCAGGCAAAGCUAGUAGUCCAUCCUUCCAACCGCAGCAACGGUCCAAUGUGUUACGGUCUUUGGAGAAGACAAGGACCAGUCUUGGAGAACGGCCGUCCGGAUCUAGAAAUAGUGCGCCUGAUGACGCAGAAUCUUCUCCCACGUCGUCUGUGUAUUCUUCACGACCGAGGUCAUCUGCGAGUGCUGGAGACCUAGUGUAUAAGAGGCGAGCCACGGACUCACAAGCGGUUAUGCGACCACGUGGAAGUAGUUCACAGCAGAAGUAUAAUCAUAGUGGUGAUACUAUAAUUAAAGAAUAUAAUGUUGGGGCAAGUGGCUCAACGCGGCCUCGUCCUCAGCACAGCAAGCCCCAGUUUAGUAGUGCGCCUUCAGUGGAAGAGUUCUUGGAUGACCAGACGUCGUUGUCGGAGGUGGAAGACGAUGAUGAACAAGUGCUGGAACAGCACUUAGGAGCUGUUGCGCGCGCCAAAGCGAACCCUCAAUUGAACCAACAGGCUGCAGCGCAGUAGAAGAAGGCUAUGACUCGUUCAGAGUUCUUGGGGUCGUUUUCGGGCUCCUGCCUAUCAUGACUUAUACUACAAUGAACACGUCGUUCACGUGACACUGACAUCUAUCUUUGUUAUGAUCCCCUGUAUUCACAGUUGUUAGUUCUAUGUAUUUGCUUCAGUGUCACGAUCCUUCUCAGAUCAAUGAAACUAAACUUCUUGGAACAAAUCUAUGGAAAUCCUAGGCAGGAGCAUCGAUCAUUAUGCUGCCAAAUGGUAUAGAUUUUUCAGCUCUUAUUUAGAUACACGAUUUUAUCUAUCAGGAUACUGACACACGACUUAGGUUAUAUUUUUCGACUUUGAACAUUCAUCUUCAUGAAUUUCUGAUGGUUCUCAACAUCAACGACUACAUGCGAGUUAUUAUUUCUUUGCAUCAUUAUCUACACCAUUAACAUAGUUGAACACCUUUCUUCUAAAAAGCACAUCGAUUGAACAUCUUAGCUAAUGCAUAGCGCGAACAUCGUCUAAAGAUCAAGAUAUUUCUAAGUGAAUAAAUUGUACAGAUUUAGGGUGAACAUACCAGUGGUUCUGACUAAAUGAAAACAAAAAUUAGCAGCUAUUCCUCAAUCCGCCUGGCGAACAUCAACCGAGUUGUUGACGGAAAAUGCACAGAAGUAUUCGAGAUAACGACACCCACCGCGCCGAGCCCAGGGAGACGACAGAACGUUCAGCAGAGACGAUGUUCUUCCCUCAACAGCAUGAUCUAGCACAUGUUGUCCUUAGCAAGUGUCCCCAAUUCUACUCUGGACUUGUCGUCAAAAUGGAUCCUGGAGCGACGAGGGCAUUGACAAUUGACAAAUAUUAGAAUGCAAGUAGACGA